GGGGAGUGGAAGUGAUCGAGUGCAAUAAAGUACCCAUCGUGCAUUGGCCUGUCAUCUUGUAUCUGACUGUUGCUACCAGAAUUGCUCAUGUACCGUGUGCUCUAAUCGGGUAGCACAGCGGCCAAGAGAUGUUCCCAUCGAGAUAUUUCGCACAGAAAAUUGCGGCUGGGGUGUGCGGGCAACUGUGGACCUCGCGCGCGGGAAAGUACUCGGUAUAUUCACAGGGUAAGAGUGGCCUCUGAUUGUGGGAUGGAAAUGCUCACACUGAAGAAACACUGACAGAGAACUUAUGUAUGUCUCAGGUUAUAAGGCCCCAAUAUAUUUUCUCAUAGUGAGUAGCACCCGCGAAGAUGCUCAUAGACGCACCGGGGACCGCAAAGCAUAUGUAUUCGAUCUUGACGUCCAUGAGACGGGCAGCGACGAUGAGGACGAUGGCCGCAGGUACUCAGUUGAUUCAUACAGGGCUGGAAACUGGUCACGUUUCAUCAACCACUCAUGCGAACCGAAUCUGCAAAUAUUCCCUGUGAUUUGGGACACCAUACCCGAGCUCAAUCAACCAUACCUCGCGUUCGUCGCAACAGGCGCCAUCCUCGCACGCAGCGAGCUCACCAUCGACUACGAACCGGGUGCGGCGUUGGAAUUCAAACGGAGCAAAGGUAAGGGUAAGGCGAGAGUACCUGAUGGC